CACUACCAUUUUGUACAACCAUGUGGUAAAAGCGGCAUCAUUUUAUCCAGUGAAAUAAACUGCUUGUCUUGUCUGGAAAUAAAAAUUAAUAUUUACCUAUUGUUAUCAAUAACCACGAAGCUACAAUUACUAGGCAACUUAGGAAAACUCACAUCAAGUCGUCAACAUCGUUAUGGGUUCUUCCAAAAAACAUAAGAAGCAUAAACUGGAGCGAAGAGAGAAAUAUGAAGAAUAUAGCCACAAUACAGAUCCAUCUAGUCUUCAAAGGGGUCUUAAGCUAAUACUGAAAGUCGGUCCCAACAAUACGCCUGAAUAUGGCGGUGCUGAUGUUAUAACGUCUUCUGUGGCUGGACCUCCAACGGCGGCAGAAGCCAUGUGCAGUAGUCCACUAAUGAUGGAAGAUAUUGAAGAGCAUCGCGAAAAACAUAAGAAGUCCAAGAAAAAGAAGAAGAAGAAAGACCGCGAGAAAAAACACAAGCACCACAAGGAAAAGAAGAGAGACAAAGGCGAGCGCCACGUUGUUGAUGAAAGUCCUCGUCGAGAUACAUCGUCCAUGGAUCGCACAGAGGACUUAACCUUAAUCGCCAAUCAAGAUUCGCAAUCGUUGCCGAGCACAUCGUUUGGCUGUUUACAGCGUAGUCCUAAGGUGGGUGCGGCUGGGCCGCCUUCGAAUAUUAUGCCAUCAAUAGGUGAUGGUGAUAGUAGCCAGGAUGGUUUUAGCUUUAUGGAUGAUGAUAAUUCCCAACCAUUACCAGAACAUGUUUUACUUUAUGCUGGCAUUACAACAGAGAAUUCCCAAUCAUGUAGGCCAGUAUCGAAACCAAUAGUACCAAUCAAAACGACGGAUGAGGUGACAUUGGAUUCGCCAGCCUCUUCCUCCAUACAAAGUUCAUCAGUUGGAAAUUCGUUAGGUGCUGCCACAUGUGCGGGGAGUGAAGUCCCACCAGAAAACAUUGUGGCAAAUGCUCAACCAGCUGACGGUAGCGCCCCUGGUGCUGUCACAGUGGGUAGCAUUAGCCCGACAAAACCUUUAGCAGAGUUAAUUAUACCCUCUCUUUCGCCAUCGGCUUCCGACACCACACCGGGUGGUUCCAAUUCCUUGGCUGCACUAACACCUAAGGUUCUAGAGGCGCCAAGAACUCCAAGCUCAUCAAGUGAAUCUGGACGAGAACCCAGAACAUGUGUCCUCAAGCUAAAACAUCAAAAAACAUCCCUAAAUAAAUUACUCGAGCACCUUCUGCGUGGUUUAGAAAAACGGGAUCCUCAUCAGUUUUUCGCUUGGCCAGUAACAGAUGAUAUUGCGCCUGGUUAUUCUAAAAUAAUUGCAAGACCUAUGGAUUUUUCCACCAUGCGCCAAAAAAUUGAUGAUAACGAUUAUGCAACUUUAAAUGAAUUCACUGAAGAUUUUCGUUUGAUGUGCGAAAAUGCCAUACGAUAUAAUCACGUGGAUACUGUUUACCAUAAGGCAGCUAAACGCCUACUCCAAGUGGGUAUGAAACAUUUGUCACCUGAAAACUUAAUGCGAAGUUUAAAACCCACCUCGGGCUAUUUAAGAGACCUUACGGCCAAAGAGCUCGGUUUCGAAUUAAUUCCGCAGAGUGGAGACUUUAUUGGAUUUGAUCAUCACGGUAUGGCAGAUUCUGCUGAUGAGGGAGCCUCCACGGGAGCUGAAGAACCUAUGACUCAAGCUCAAAUUGAGGAAGAGGAAAAACGAAAAGCAAUUCGUCUGGAAAAUGAACCAAAAACUCGAUUUGAGCCAUACGUUGAUGAUUUAACGUCAGAGGAAAUUUUAGCUCAAGUUCAAGGUGCAGCUCAAUCAGCUAAGAAACGUUUGUCAGCCAAAGAAAAGGCCUACAAAAUGGGCUUUCUACGACAAAAUAAAGAUGGAUCCACAUCUUUAAACUUUCUCAUCAAAGAUGAGAACGAAGGCCCCGAGAAAGUUGUUUGCUUGGGUGAAUUAGUGGGCAAACUAAAACAAGGUUCCGGCCAGGUUCAAGGAUACCGUGAAGACAAGCGUAAUGAAGCAAAAAUGGUAAAACCUUUAAAUUAUGGACCCUUUUCGUCAUUCGCACCAACAUUUGACUCACGUUUUUCUACACUUAACAAAGAUGAGACCCAAUUGGUUAUGGAAACUUAUGGUGAUGCCAUGAGCACCGAGUAUGCAGAAAGUAUUUUACAAUUUACCAAAGACUCUUCCUAUGCCACCAUGUUGGCCAACGGUCUUCUCGAUAUGUUAACAAAUGGCGAACAUUCCAAAUGCAUGCAGGACCUAUACGAUCUUCAAGUACAAAACUAUGAACAACAGGAAGCACUAAAAUGUUUCACUAACGCCGGCCCUUUACUAUUAGACAGCAGCUCGUCGCCGGCGCCAAAUGAAUCUCGCGCUCAAAUUGAACAGGAAUAUGAAAAGUAUAAAAAUACCCGCAUCGAUUUCAGUCGCUUAAGAACCCUUAACGAUUUGGGCAUAGAUACGACAUUCUUAAAUGACAUCGAAAAGGAAAUGAAAAAUUUCGAAUUGACAAGACGACUCCAGGAACAUCUGAGUAACAAUUUGAAUCUUAUAGAUAAACUAAAAAAUACGCAACAUGAACGGCUUUCACAACCAUUACCGCACCACUUGGGACUUGUGCAGCAGGCAUCACAAGAGGAAACUCAGUUGGCGCAUCAGGUCACUCAAAACCUGACGGAUGUGGUGAAAAAAUUACCACCAUCGGCGGUAGCUGAUCCAUAUGCUUUAAGAAAAGCUAUGGGCUUGUCUUACGUUGGAUUACCACCUCCUCCUUCCGAAACACAGCAACGUAUACAAUUACCCGCCAUAUUGCAACAACCUGUAACUAUGCCACCGCUUGCUUUUACUCAGUCUCAUCCGUCCACGACUUCAACUGCUACUUCACAUGUCACCGCAUCAAGCCAACUAGAUCAACAGCAUAAUUUAUCCUCUUCAUCUUUGUCCAUGGACAUUGAUGAAGACGUGGCCGGUAAUGCUGGUGGAGAUUUGGAAAAUGAGCUGCGGGAAUUUUUAGAAAGUGGCUCAGGCCUGCAUGCGGCUUCUAGCUCAACUGCAGACGACAACAAUCUUAUGGCUCAAUUACUUAUGAAUUGAUACGUGACGAAGAGUAGAGCACCUUCCAAUUCCCUAACUUUAAGAUUUUUAAUAUUUUUUUCUAAUUUAUAUUUCUAUGUGUGUUUUCUUUUCAAUCGUAUGUACUUGUAGUUAAAAUUUUAAUUUAAUCUUUUUUUUUUGUUUUUACUUUCCAUGCUGCCGUUUUUUUUUUUUUUUUUUGUUUCUAUCAGAGCGGGAUUACCUCAUUUCUUUUAAUUUCCUUUUUCCCAUCCCGAUCUUUGACACAAUUUUGUAUUUAUAAAAACUUCCAUGUAUUGCAAAAAUAAAUAUGUAAAUAUAAACAGUUUAAAAUUUGC